AUGCAGGAGCAGAAGCAGCAUCAUCACCAUCAACACAAGCAACACCAGGCAGAGGCAACCGUCUUUAAACCCUGUAGCGGGUCCGCAGUGAGCGUCGCCCAUGACUACGAGCCUGGAGCAAAAAAGGAACUGCGGAGAGCGCGUCAAGAGGCCAAAAGUCAUGCAGUAUCAACGGCGCCUUCAAACGAACCACAGCAGCAUGUACUCACGAAAAGCUGCCUUGGCGCAUUUACGGUAUGGGAUAAAAAGGGAGAGAGGACGAGGAUCAGGAGAGAAGGGGAGAGAGCAAUAAAAAGGGAAAAUAGGGGGGCUGGAAGGGGCGGCGCCAGCCAUCCCAGGCAUAGUUGA